GGAAGAAGCCGGUGCCUCGUCACUGGAACUUGCAGAAAAACACCUCUUCUGCUCUGAAGUCUGAACUAACAUCGGCGAUUUGAUCGAGCGAGCGCGGGAGCUGGCCGGCGAGCUUUUCUGCAAAUUUGUUGCUGUUUGUGAAUUUCGUUUCAAGGAUAACAAAAAAUGUCUAGAAGAUAUGAUAGCCGAACAACAAUCUUCUCUCCAGAAGGUCGUCUUUACCAAGUUGAAUAUGCAAUGGAAGCAAUUGGAAAUGCAGGUUCUGCAAUUGGGAUAUUAUCUAAAGAUGGGGUUGUCUUGGUAGGUGAAAAGAAGGUCACUUCCAAACUCCUGCAGACCUCAACUUCCACAGAGAAGAUGUACAAAAUUGAUGAUCACGUUGCAUGUGCUGUGGCUGGAAUAAUGUCUGAUGCAAACAUAUUAAUCAACACUGCAAGGGUUCAAGCCCGGCGCUACACUUAUGCUUACCAAGAGCCAAUGCCCGUUGAGCAACUGGUUCAAUCCCUCUGUGAUACAAAGCAAGGCUACACUCAGUUUGGUGGUCUACGUCCCUUUGGUGUUUCUUUUCUGUUUGCAGGGUGGGAUAAGAAUUAUGGCUUUCAACUGUACAUGAGUGAUCCAAGUGGAAACUAUGGUGGUUGGAAGGCUGCUGCAAUUGGUGCAAACAACCAGGCAGCACAGUCGAUGCUUAAACAGGAUUACAAGGAUGACAUCACUAGGGAAGAGGCCAUCCAGCUUGCACUUAAGGUGCUUAGAAAAACCAUGGACAGCACAAGUCUUACUUCAGAUAAGCUUGAAUUGGCUGAGGUUUUCCUUUCACCUUCUGGAAACGUCAAGUAUCAAGUAUGCUCACCUGAGUCCCUAAGUAAGUUGUUAGUGAAGUCUGGUUUGACUCAACCGGCUGCUGAGGCUUCCUAAACAUCUCUUAGAUGUUCGUCUACUUCAUCGUGCUUGGUCUGGCAUAUCUCAUGAUCUUCAUGGCUUCAAGAGAACAGUGGUGUUUGGAUAUGUUGUUGGAAUGUUGAGCUUAUCUGUAAUGUGCACCUUAUUAAGUUUAUAUUUAAUAAUGUUAGAAAACGCUGUUCAUCAUCUUUACAUUGUGCAACUAUAAAGUCAAGUCCUUUCAUUGCGAUUAUUUGUGCCUUUUUGUUGAUGAACACUGAAAAUUGUUCUUAUCUGGUA